CUCAUACACAGGCAAUCAAGACUCCACCUCUCCAUCAAUACUAUAACAUGGGUCAGAUAUUGUAAGUUACUGAACAGAGCUUGCUGUCAACAGUCCCGAUGGCCAGACUGUGGCAUCUCAUGCUCCUGAGCUGGGCAUGGAGUCCUCUGUGCCUCUCAGCCAGUGUGGGCUUCAUUGGUUCACCGCAAGAGUGUGAAAAGGCUCACUUUGUCCCUGGUUACAACCUUGGUGGAGAAGGCUUCGACAUUGUCACAAUGCAGCGGAAGGGUGCUUAUGUCAUCGACACGGAAACAUGGAAGCUCGGCAACAACACUUGCAGGAUGUUCAGCAACAGCUACAUGAAAAGUGAGCGUCAGAAGGUCCCAGCUGCCGUGGUGGACUGGAGGAUCCUCCCAAAGUGCAGUUUAAAGGUCUCCAGUACAGUCUACAAUUCUGUUGAAAGUCUUGUGAACGACUCCACCUCAGCUGUGUCGAAUGAUUGGAAAAUUGGCCUCAAGAUCCCUUUACCGUCUGCUACUAUUGGUGUUGGCUUUGGAGGUUCCCACUCCAAAGAAUCUAACUUUGCCAUGCAAAAGUCAAAACAAGAUCACUACACCUUCCUUCGCCAUUCUGUCUACUGUAGCUUCUAUCGCUACAGAUUGGCAACACAUCCUCCACUGAGUCAUGACUUUGUAUCAGCCGUGAACUCCCUUCCAUCCUAUUCAUAUCAAACAUUGGCAUCAUAUCGCAGUCUGAUCGACACAUAUGGUACACAUUAUAUUACACAAGUGUUUCUCGGUGGGCAAAUAAAAGCAAUCACUUCUGUCAAGACCUGUGAGGCAACCAUGAGUGGACUGUCAGCAACAGACGUCAAUGACUGUUUGUCAGUCGAGGCCUCUGCUAGCUUUGCCAGCACUGCCAGCAUUGAGGCAAUGACAAAACAAUGUCAGAGUAAGAGGAACAAGUUAGGCUACAAUCAAAAAUUCAGCAUUGCGUUUAGUGAGCGCAGCACGGACGUCAUUGGUGGAAACAUUGACGGCGCUGACAUCCUCUUUGAAGGCCAAUCAAACCCCUCUGUCUAUAACAACUGGAUUAACUCACUGAAGUACACACCUGAUGUGGUCCAAUACAGCAUACACCCUCUGCACACCAUACUGCCAAGCCGCCAUUUUGCCAGGGAUGGACUGAAGCAAGAGGUGGAGAAGUACAUUGAGGAAAACGCAGUGUUGAAAAAAUGUUCAGAAACCUGUAAGAUUGGUCACAGAUCCAGCAAAAGGGAUCCUUGUGCUUGCGUUUGCAACAGUGAUCAGAAUAUCAAAUCAAACUGCUGUCCUGCUGGGAGAGGUCGUGCAACAUUAGAGGUCUUCCAGCUCUAUGCAGAAGGGUUGUAUGGUGAUGAUUGGACUCAGACAGAUGGUUCACUGGAGGUGAAAUAUGGAGAUCAGAAUAAACGCACUGCCAUCAUUAGUAACAAUGACAAUCCUAGAUGGCCGGAGACUUUUGAGUUUGGACCCAUUGUCAUUACCAUGCAAAACAAACUUACGUUCACUGUUUAUGACGAGGACACUUACUGGGAUAGCGAUCUGUUAGGCCAGUGCUCAUUUGAUCUGCGUAGAGGGAAAGUGAGAGACUCUUGCAUGUUGAAUCAUGGCACCCUCUUCUUCUCGUACAUAGUCAAGUGUGCACCAAGUCUCGACGGUGACCAAUGUCAAGAAUAUAUCCCAUCCCCCAUGAGUCUCUCUCUGGCCAAGGUCUUCCACACCAGAAACGGGGUCCUUCUUGGGACGGGCAAGAGCUACGCUAAAUCAGUCGGCCAGUCAGGUUGAGGUCAGCAGUUGACUGUUUGAUUUCACGAUGAUCUUGAAUGUAGUUAAUAGCAUAUUUUACUCUGUUACUCUUUCUUUGUUUGACAUGACAUUUACAAAAAUGUCCCUGUGAAAAAUUGUGUUGGAUAAUCUACCUUUUCUUCUGCUUCUUUCUUACACAAUCUGCAAAUAAAGCAUCAACAAAGACAA